GGAGGAGGAGAGAAGACCCCGUGAGUUUACUCCUCACGCCUGUUCUACUCAGAGUCUGAUGUUUCCUGUCUUUUUAAAAAGCCAUUUGUAUUUCGUGUGGUCGUGGCCGGAGCGGUGACAUCUUUUUGUUGGAGCCCACUAUCAGCUCGGAGGAGGGUGGGAGUCGGGGGUGGAGGAGACAUUGAAAAGAGCUGUGCAGAGAGAGAGAGAGAGAGAGAUGUGAGCACAUGGAGAAGGAGCUGCCCUCAGUGACGGAGGCAGACAGCAGCAGCAGGAGACGCCUGUCACAUGAAAACCCUUUGUAGCUUCAGGAGAGUCUGGAUGGGACAGCGCCUGCGGGACAACCUGGGCUAAUUUGUGAUGAAUACAGCAGGAAAAUCUGCGUGCACUGCAAGUGUGUGCGAGAGGAGCAUGCUGUGCGCUCCGUGCCGGGCCAGCUGGAGAAGAUGAUGACCAAGCUGGUAUCCGACUUCCAGAGACACUCCAUCUCCGAUGACGACUCGGGCUGCGCCUCCGAGGAGUACUCAUGGGUCCCACCGGGGCUCAAGCCCGAACAGGUUUACCAGUACUUCAGCUGCUUGCCAGAGGACAGGGUGCCUUAUGUGAACAGUCCGGGGGAGAGAUACCGGAUCAAGCAACUGCUGCACCAGCUGCCGGCUCAUGACAGUGAGCCGCAGUACUGUAACACUCUGGAGGAGGAGGAGAAGAAGGAGCUGCGUCUGUUCAGCCAACAGAGGAAGAGAGAAAACCUGGGCCGAGGGGUCGUCAGACUCUUCCCAGUAACUAUGAUGGGAGCCAAAUGUCAACAGUGUGGCAGGCAGAUCUGCGGCGGAGACAUAGCGGUGUUUGCCAAUCGGGCCGGACACGGCGGCUGCUGGCACCCUCAGUGUUUCCAGUGUUCCUCGUGCACAGAGCUGCUGGUGGAUCUGAUCUACUUCUACCAGGAAGGACAGAUCUACUGCGGCCGGCACCACGCCGAGAGGCUGAAGCCCCGCUGCCAGGCCUGCGACGAGGUUAUUCUCGCGGAUGAAUGCACAGAGGCAGAAGGACGAUAUUGGCACAUGAAGCACUUCUGUUGCUUCGAGUGCGAGGCGGCGCUCGGCGGCCAGCGUUACAUCAUGAAGGAGAGUCGACCGUACUGCUGCUCCUGCUACCAGGCCAUGUACGCAGAGUACUGUGAUACCUGCGGAGAGCACAUAGGUAUCGACCAGGGUCAGAUGACGUAUGAGGGGCAGCACUGGCACGCCGUGGAGUCGUGUUUCUGCUGCGCCCGCUGCCGGCUGCCUCUCCUGGGCCGGCCCUUCCUCCCCCGAGCGGGGCUCAUCUUCUGCUCCAGGCCCUGCUCGCUGGGCGAAGACCCCGAUAACUCCGACUCCUGCGACUCAGCGCUGCAGAGCAGAACCUCUCAGCACGGCCGGCACAGCGGGACGCCAGAGAAACACAAGCGGCAGCAAUGUGGUUCCCCACUGAAGCCACCAGAGGGCGUCACUAUAACUGCAAAGGACUGCAUUCACACUGCAGUGGAAGACAGGGGCGUCCACUCUGCUCCAGUUCAAAACGGACUUCCGGCUCCCGGUGGUCAGCCUCAUCCCAGAGGCUCCUAUUCUCCUCUUCCCCACAUUCAUCUAGGAAAUGGUCUGGGUCCAUCUUGGCCCAGCGACCUCCCUCACUACAGUUUACUGCCGGAGAACUGUGGUGUCAGACCUCAGGUCAGCGCUCUGCAGCAGAAUGAAAACACUGGACUAACCGGUCUGAACUCUAGAGGAACCUCCACCGCUAAAGACUGUAGAAACUGGGUGGAGAGGACCAAUCAAGUGAUGCAAGCGUUUCCCCCCCACAAAAACCCCCUCGUGAACCCCUUGGUUUCGCCCGACUCGUCUCCCCUCGCUCUCAGCAACACCUCCGUCCUCCCUCCUCCUCUUCCCGUCAAGACUCGUGACCUGAUCCCCAGCGAGCCGCACCCGCCCAACCUCCGGCUUCUAGAGGACGGACCCGCGGAUCAUGCCCCCCCGCUGACUCGCAGCGGCACAUUUAGAGUCAGCUUCAGAGAACCAAUCAGCAGCAGCUACUCUGUGGACGCGGAGGAGGACGAGGAGGAGAAUGAGGAGGAGCUGCGGGAGGGCGAGGACGUCCAGCAGGUGGAGGACGAGGUGGAGGGAGGUUUUGGAAGCAGGUUGAAUCUGCAGAAAGGUGUCCCGCCGCAGAUGGAUCUACUGGACGGAUCCUCGUACCAACAGAGGAAUCUGAGGCGAGGGUGGAAUCGUUGCCGUGUCCAGUCGGACCCGAGUCUCCACCCGGGCUCAGAGAGAAGAACCCGACACUCGCGGACCGAGCGGCCCGAGCUGGACGAGCUGGACUGGAGAGGCGAGAAAGACACGGACAGCCGGGGCUGCUCCAAGGUUUCCUCACUGAGCCUCCAGCCGGGCCACUACAAGCACGAGGACUCCUGCUCCACGUGUUCCUCGUCCUCGGACUCGGAGGAGGACGGCUUCUUCCUCGGGCAGCCGAUCCCUCUGCCCCCGCAGCUCAGGAAACAGCAGCCCGAUGAGGGCGAGGACCGGGAGGGGGGGCAGGAGAGGGAGGUGCAGAGAGACUCGGGGCUGAGAGGAAGCUUCAGGCGGAGACGAGCUCACAGUCUCAGUGCAAAGGACAAAGAUAAAAACUGUGCUAUUUCUUAACAACAGACAGCAACACAGACACACAGCCUCUUAUUUACUGACUGGUGCUGCUCAAGAGAAACUCACCUCACUUUCAUUAUUCUGGUAUCCAAGUUGUGUGAUGGUGUUGAAUGCAAAACUCUACAGACUGUUUCCAAAGGUGAACCACGGCCACUGAUUCUCCUUAGAAGGAGGAAGAAAAGUGAGCUACAUCCACAAUAACAUGUUUUCAUUUUCAAACACAUCAGCGCUGCCUCGUUUACACCUGACGUCCACACUACUCCACUGGACGAGAUCAAUGUCACAUGGUUUAUGAAUCAUGUGAGCGCUGAUGGAACUUAAAUGAUCAUUGAUAAUGAUUCUAAUUAAAAACACUCAGACCUGUCACAGUUAAAUCUCACUGCUCAUUAUCUUCGACAUCAUUUAAGAAUUCAAACCUCAAGAAGAACCAGGAACUGACGGAACAUUCCAACACUAUUGAAAAUACAGAAUAUGUUAUUAUAACUCUGCUGUUUCCAUUCUCUGUGCUCUUAUGUGCAAUUGUAUAUGGUUGUAAUAUAUUACAGUGAAGUAAAGUAAAUGGCCAAAUAGUAUGUCGAGGAUGAUUACUUCAGCAAACUGGUAGUUUUGAACGAUCAAAAUUAAGUGUGUGUGUUGAACAGUUAAGUUGAAGCACAUUUAUCACGUCUCUAAUCAUGUGCGGCUGGAAGGUCAUUUAUUUUUCUAUAGAGGAACUUGGUGUAGGUCACUGAUCCGUCUUGUUUUAUUACAGAGACGACGAUUGAAUGUGAGAAAAACUUGUGGCGACAUUAAAUGUGUCUAAAUUGUU